GUACUAUACAUGAAGAUGUACCUCUUUCCUUCUAUGUUUCCCCUUCUUAUCUCUUUUUUUCUUCUUGAUAGGUAUCCCUUCAAUGAUGAUCAGGUUGUCCCUGAUUGUGAGUGGGAGGUUUUCUUAUGUGAAACAGCUGCAAUGAUCAUCACAGAGCAGAGUCCUAAGAGGUUACUUGAAGUAAGAGGACGUUAUUAUGAGCUGUUAACUCAUUGUAUACCACCUGAUAUUAUUUUUAAAAGGAUAUUGAAUGAGCUGGUUGCUAACUGUGAUGGUACAUUGAAAGCUGAAGUGACUCAAUUAGCAGCUCAGUAUUAAGCACAGUCACAACUGGGCAGUAAAGCAACCUUUCAUCUUGAGGCCUUCACAGCAAAAUUUAUGAGAAUAUAUAAACAAUUUUUAGAGGAAGGACUGGAGAGUAUGGGCUUUUGAUGUAAUGCAUGCCAUCAUAGACAGUAGAGAUUUCUAACUCCAAUAUAUACUCAUUAUUUUAUCACACUAUGUACAAAUUAUGUACCCAUUAUGGUAUUUAGCUAGCCAUAGAUAGUCGAGUUACACACUCUAA